GAGACUCUAAUUUGUUGCCUUUUUAAGACAAACACUAAAAGAAAGAGUUAAAAAGGAGAGAUAUAUGGCUAAGACUCAGAUUAAUGUUUAAGCAUCAUCAAGAAGCUGAUUGCUUUCAGAGUUUGAUGGUAUUAUACUUUAAGCAUCACAGCCUACAUCUCCAUUGCAGAAUUUAACCUGAAAAUCGACGAAGAACAAAAAUAAAAUUCAGAAAAAGGAGAAAGAAUGGUGUGAUUCAGACAUCCGAGGAAGGACAUAAACAGCAUAAACUCUCAAGCCCGGCGAAGGCGAAAGCUCUUAGGCGGCCACUGCGAAUGUUCUGAGAAACAAGCCUUUUGUUUAUUCAUCAUCAUCAUCACAUCGUUCCAUUAAACUUAAAACAAAUCAGAUCUGAUAAAAACGAAUCAAAACGGACUCAGGUUGAAAACACAGAACUAGUAACGAAGAAUCUCUGGAAACAAAAACAGAGAAGAAGAAAACAGAGAAUUAAAAGAGCCUCAGACAUCCAGGGAAGGACGAAAGCAGCAUACGCUCUCAAGCCCGGCGAAAGGCGAAAGCACUUAGGCGGCCACUGCGAAUGUUUUGAGAAACAAGCCUUAAAGAUUCAUCAUCAUCGGCUGCUAAUAAUUACAAUUCGAGGGAAAAAAAUCAAACACCAAAAAACCUUAAAGAGAAGACGAGACCAAAAUGAUGAUUCGAGAUGGCGAAGCUCUGGCAACUCUGUUUCUGCGAUUUGGAGGAGGCCAUGGAUGUGAAUAUAAAUAGGAAUUUAGGUGCGGCGUAUAUGCCUCUGAAGAUCUCCUACUGCAUUUGGCAAUCGGCUGUUUCGUUUCCUUCAAUCCACCAUUCUCUUGAUCGCACAAGCUUAUCCACGCAAAGCAACUCCUCCGAAAUGUUCAAAUUCUGGGGUUCUCGUGGGCAAGAAGCUCCGCCACAUCGGCUGGUAACUCCUACAGACACUCAGUGUACACCAUCUGUUGUCAAUUCUCCUAGUUCUGCUGCGAGUUUUGGAUCAUCAGGUCUUUCCGAGAGACAGAACACCUCAUCACAGGUACCUCCUGUAGAGGCUGCUGGAAUCAUAGAUGAACUAAAAGAUAAAAGUGAUGAUGAGUUGCGUAAGCUUCUCUCCGACGAAGAUGCUUAUAACACCUUUCUAGAUUCACUUGAGCCUGUCAAGACUCAAAAUAAAGUAAGGGAUGAGCUCCGUAAUGAAACUCUGCAGCUUGCUAGGGAAAAUUUAGAAAAAGAACCAAGGAUUACCGAGCUCAGAGAUCAGUGCAUGAUAAUCCGAACAACUGAAUUAGCAGCUGCUCGAAAAACACUGCAUGAACUGGAGAGGAGGAAGGAGGAGCUCCUGAAGAGAUACUCUCCUGCAUCCCUUCUCCAUGGACUUGAAGAGGCAACUAAUAAAACAGAUAGGGGAUCAGAAGACCUACACAAGCAGCUUCUUGAUCGAGAAAUAGACCUUGCAACAUUUGUGCAGAAGUACAAGAAACUGCGCCACGCCUACCACACGUAUGCCCUAACUCGCCUUUCAGCCAAGACUUCCAUAGCAGGUUAAUUUUUUUGUAAAAGGUACUCGUAUAUAACUAGCGUCUUUCUUCUGCUAUCAUACUGAACUGCCCAUGGGUGAUUUGAUGACAUAAAAAAUGAGGAUUUCACAU